GUCGAGCUCUCGUAAACCCCAAAAAUAUGUCUCGAACUCGCUGAAGGCUGCGAGCUUUUUUGAAGACGACAACAACCACUGACUUUCACUCCACAAGACCGCGGCCCCCUUCACAGACUGGAAAUUAUCACAUUUUACCCCCCCUCGAGUACGCCAUGGCCGACCCAUUCGAAGUGCGCAUGCGCUUCACGAACCAGCUGCAACAUCUCAAUGCCUCCGUGACCAGCUCGCAAAAAGCGGCGCAAUAUGCGCUGAAAUACAGAGAUAUGGAUGAGGAUCUGCACUCCUGCAUCCUCGAGCAAGUCGAAAAGAACUCAAUGAAUAACCGCGCCAACAUCCUCUACUUCCUCGAAGCCCUAGCGGACCUAAGCAACACCAACGGUCACCGCGAUUACAUCCGCAUGAUGCAGCGGGACAUCUUGCGCAUCGUCGACGCCGUGGCGCCUGAGGACGGGUCGGGUGCUGCUAAUAUCAAGGUUGUGCAGAAAGUCCUCGCCAGCUUCGCAGCGAAGGGGUACCUUGAGGCGCAGACGGUGGGGGAGAUAGACGAGUUGCUGCAGGAGCGCGAUAGCGGGAUGCCUGGCCUUGAAGGGUCGGGGGGCUCGCCGACGCAGUUGGCGGAGGGUAUGGAUGUCGAUGACGGCGUGUGGGAAGACCGUCGCGGAGACGCGGGCGGAGUGCGGCUUGAUAAGAAGUUAGUAGAGCAGCGAAUUGAGGAAGAUCGCGAGAGGCAUAAGAGGUUGAGGGAGCAUCAGUGGGCGGUUCCUCCAGCGGUGGGGGAGGAGGAGGAUGAGAGGGAGUUUGAGAUGUUGUUUGAGGAGACGAGUAGUGUGGGGAGUGAUGAUUAUAGGUUGUUUGAGGAGGAGUUUCUGGAUCGGAAGAGGUGUGCUGAGGAGCAUAAGGCGGAUAUGGAGGGGACGGGUGAGGCGUGA